CACCCUUAGAAUUCUCUAUCUCUCUCUCUCUCUCGCUUGCUUGCUCGCCAUAUUCUUCAUGCAGUUACGUUGAGUUCCACACGUCCUUUUGCCUUCCAUAAUCACAAUUACCCUAAUCUCUCUCUGUGAGCAGAGACAAUGAACAGCUUACUGAGAUGGCCGGAGCCAAUUGUAAGGGUCCAAUCUCUAUCAGAGAGUGGCAUCAGUUUAAUCCCAGAAAAAUACAUAAAAUCACUCUCCGACAGGCCUACUACGUAUUUCUCUUCAUUUUCUUCUCUACCGCCCACCACUAUCGAGGAUGAAGCAGCGAUCAACAUCCCAAUCAUCGACCUCUCCGACUUGUUCUCCGGCGACCCGUCCCUCCGCCACGCCACGCUGCGACUCAUCGACUGCGCGUGCCGCGAGUGGGGCUUCUUCCAGGUGGUGAACCACGGUGUCAGCCAACAGCUCAUGAGCCGCAUCCGCGAGGCCUGGCGCCAGUUCUUCCACCUCCCCCUCGACGAAAAGCAAGCCUACGCCAACUCCCCGCUGACCUAUGAGGGCUACGGAAGCCAGCUCGGCGUCGAGAAGGGGAUCAAGCUCGACUGGAGCGACUACUUCUUUCUCCAUUACCUUCCCACGUCGCUGCGUGAUCAAAACAAGUGGCCCAAGUUUCCUCCCUUCUGCAGGAAGCUGGUUGCAGAUUACGGCGAUGAACUAGCGAAGUUGUCUGGGAAAUUGAUGAAGGCUUUCUCAACAAAUCUGGGAUUAGACGAGGAUUAUCUUGACAAAGCCUUUGGAGGGGACCAGAGUGGUGCAUGCUUAAGGGUGAAUUUCUAUCCAAAGUGUCCGCAACCUGACCUCACGCUAGGCCUCUCGCCGCACUCCGACCCCGGCGGCAUGACCCUUCUCCUCCCCGACGACAAUGUUUCCGGCCUCCAGGUUCGCCGGGGCGAUGAAUGGAUCACCGUUAAGCCCGUCCCUAAUGCCUUCAUUGUCAACAUCGGCGAUCAAAUUCAGGUUCUAAGCAAUGCGACUUAUAAGAGUGUGGAGCAUAGAGUGAUAGUGAAUGAAGCGAAAGAGAGGGUAUCGCUCGCUUUCUUCUACAAUCCAGAUGGCAACACCAUGAUCAAGCCUGCUAAAGAGCUUGUCACCGAAGACAAGCCAACACUAUACCCUCCAAUCACGUUUAAUGACUACAGAUUGUUCAUCAGGAGAAAGGGUCCCGCUGGCAAAUCACAAGUUGAAUCACUAAAAUUACCUCCUGUUUAGUCUUAUUAUGUUGUGAUAAUUAACAACUUGUGGGAUCGAACUUGUGUUCUCUCUUUGGCUUCUCAAAUAAAAUUUGUUAAUGAAAUAAGUAGUUGUACAUGCAUACACAA